UUGGAUAUUUUCUAAAUAUUAUUUUCUUUUAUUUCUUAUUUUAAAAUAAAAGAUAAUCGAUUAACUUACCGUUAUAAUAUCUCCAAAACCUAAAAAAACUGCGCCUAAAGCAAAUAUUAAACAAACACCAGCAGUUGAUCCAUGGGGUGGAUCAACAACAACAUCUAAUACUAAUAUAAGCUCACCAUUUGGCACAACAAAUGAAUGGCCACAAUCAUUAUCAACUAUUUCAAAUGGAAAUUCUUCAUCUGGUUAG